GGAGCGGCGCUGGCCAUGUGGCCCGGCUGCGGCGGCCGAUUCUACUGGGCGCCCGCGCCGCCGGCGGGGGCGAGGGGCGUCGUGGUGGUCUUCGCCUGGGUCUGGAGCGACGAGGCGCAGCUGCGGCCCUUCGUCGACCUCUACGCCUCGCUCGGCUGGCGCUGCCUCGUAUGCCACCCGGACCUCGUAUCGCUGUAUCUCUCUGAGAAAGCAGCAACACUAGCAUGUGGUGUUAUUAGUGCGCUGGCGAAGGAAUUGAAAGUAAAGCCAUUACCAACUGUGCUUGCUUCUUUUUCUGGUGGUUCAAAGGGAUGCAUGUACAAGGUUAUUCAGUUACUAGAUGGAAAAUGCGAAGGAGAUGCAACAAUGAAGGACUAUCGGCUGGUGAGAAACUGUAUCUCUGGGCAAAUCUAUGACUCUGGUCCAGUGGAUUUUAUGAGUGAUGUUGGCACCCAGUUUCUCCAAAAUCCUGUGAUUGGCACUUCGUCUCAACCAUCCAUGAUACGCUCCUUGAUGGCAAAGGCUCUGGCAUCUGGAAUGGAUACUCUCUUCCCAAGCAGAAUUGAAGCUCAGCGUGCAGAAUAUUGGCACACACUGUACUCAUCAGCAGGGUUGGGUUCGGUUCUUAUAUUCUGCUCGGAAGAUGAUGAUCUUGCUCCAUGCCAUGUUAUCUGUGGUUUUGCCAGGCGUUUGGUUGAAUUAGGCACAGAUGUUAAAAUAAUCAAGUGGAGUGAUUCCCCCCAUACUGGCCAUUACAAGUUACAUGAAGCGGAAUACAGAACUGCUGUAGAUGAUGUACUGAAGAAAGCUCUUGUCACCUUCUGCCACAGAAGCCAGCUGAAUCGCACAAGUGUUGCAGGUGAUCAGGAGUACAAGAUAGCGCACUGUGUGUGCAAUCUACACAAUGUGGCUGCCAAUUCAAAUGAGAGCUUGAGAAGGGUAGCCAACAGUCCCAGUGACCACUUCUUCUUGCCAAGUUCGAAGGACCAUAAUGAAUCCAGGGAACCUGAUUCUUUGAUUGAGGAGCAGAGACGGCAACUAACUUAUCCACCCAGGAUGGAGCCCCAAGGAGUCCUUGGCCAAAUUAUGUUUGAUGUUUGCGUUCCGAAAAAUGUUGAAGGAUGGGAUAUCAAGCCAACAGUGUCUCCGAAUGGACGACCAGCAUUGUCUUCUGCACGGCAACUGGGACCUUUCAAUCCCAUCAAGUACCUCCGUCGUUCAAGACUAUAGUUUGUUUGCAGCAAAUGAGAAUUUUGUGUACAUAAUGGAGGCAAAGAUUAAAGUUCCCUUAAGAUUUGACUUAUUUGCUGUUUCUUCUUAUAUGCCUUUUGGCGAGAGAAUGUGCAUACCCUGUGUAUAUUAUGAGGGUGUAUAUUAGAAAAAGGAUUGGUAUAGGUAAUAGUGAAGCCGUUAAGGCGCAUACUAACAGUAUAGGGAAUGAACUGCAUUAUUAUUACCUUGUAAUCUUUUUAUUAUUCGUCUAAUAUUAUGUAAGCUAACUAUAUCGGGACAAAACAUUUUUCUUGCCAACA